GUUGUCGCUCCACCCACCCACGACAAUGGGUAGAAAACGGCAGACGCCCUGAGCUACCCCACCAGGCACAAGAUCUCUCGUACUCCUACUCGAGUUCAUCGCCUUCUUUUCACUUGUCAACUGAUCGGGAAGAGAAAUGUCUGGCCGCGGCAAAGGAGGUAAAGGUCUGGGGAAAGGAGGCGCCAAGCGCCACCGUAAAGUUCUCCGCGACAACAUCCAGGGCAUCACCAAGCCCGCCAUCCGCCGUCUGGCUCGCCGCGGCGGAGUCAAGCGCAUCUCCGGACUCAUCUACGAAGAGACUCGCGGAGUGCUCAAGGUUUUCCUGGAGAACGUCAUCCGCGACGCCGUCACCUACACCGAGCACGCCAAGAGGAAGACGGUCACCGCCAUGGAUGUGGUCUACGCUCUUAAGAGGCAGGGCCGCACUCUGUACGGCUUCGGAGGCUGAGCACCAACAGUUA